AUGAUUCCACCAGCCAGUCCACGGAUCAGCAACACGAGAAGCCGCGGUCAGGUCGAGACGAACCGGGGAGCCACUGCGCUUCUUCUGGACAGCAUCAAAACCGCAAUCAGGACCGAGCCAUUUCAGGAUGUGUACAACGUUAUACAUGGCAAAGAGCUGGGCAGGUGAGUUGAACAUUGUAGGUAGUAGGUUAACCGGUUGAGGGUUAUUAAAAAAGCUACAGGCUAUUUUCUGCCUGGGUGUAUAAUAUUCGAAUUCAUGUUCCUAAUUUGGGAUGCUUUCAAUCAAUGGUCAAUGUGGUAACAACUUCAGGCACCAUCCAUUGACUGUAUGUCCAUCUAAUCAUUUACUAUAUAUCAAGGGCUUUUUUGUUUUUAAUAUAAAUGCAGGUAUUUGACAUUGCACCAGAUAGCAAACCAAAUUCUCAUCUGUAGUCCCUGGUUUCAAAAAAAAAUAUUUCAGGAUGACAAAGAAAUACAAUUAAAUUAUAGAUACCCAUUGACCAGUCACUUUCCCCAGCUGUGAGUGCAAGACUGGCAAAUGAAUCUAGCCAUUGACAUACUGAACGUAAAGAGAACUGAAGCCACAGGAGAUUUGUCAUGCAAAAGCAUGGACAAAAGCAUCUAAUCUAUUCCAAAACCAUGGAUACUCUUUGAUUAGCACUCUUAUCUAUUUAUCAUUUUUCAUGGUUUAGUUACAGUAUUACAAUCUUUGCCAGUGCAUAACUUGUUGAGUUGUAAACUACAGUUGGCCAGGUCCAAUACUACUGUGAGUUAAUUCCCUUAAAUAAUGUAAUUAGUCAGCAUGGUCAGUGCAACAGAGGAGUAAACUAAGCCAUGCUAAUUGGGCUGCCAAGCUGUCUGAGAUUCAGAGGUAAUGUUGUAAUCCAGUUUGAGCCAGACCUCCCGCAGCUGCAUGGUCAUACCUUUAACCUGGAGAUGUUGGGGAAACACACUAUUCUGUGCUAGUUUAUCAAAGUGUGUGUCAAGUCAAAUCAAAUCACAUUUUAUUGGUCACAUACACAUAUUUAGCAGAUGCUAUUGCGGAUGUAGCGAAAUGCUUGUGUCCCUAGCUCCAACAGUGCAGUAGUAUCUAACAAUUUGUGUGUGAGUGACUAGGUGACCAUGUGUAAAAUAGCUUGUGGGAGUUUAAUUUUCAUAAGUUCCAAGUCACACUGGCUUUAUAACAUGAGUUUGAGUGCUGAAAUCAGGCCUCUUGGGAAUGAGCUGAAUUUAGUCCCUCAUGGAAUUUUUUGCCUGGGCCAAUUUUGUCCACUUAGUCAGGUAAACAUAUAUUAAGUUAUUGUUUUUAUUCAAGAUCAUUCAUUUGUGGUGAGAGCGAUCCUGUUUGGGCUGAGUGUCUUUUAACCUUAACCCACCUACCUUAUGCCCUAUAAUCACUUUCUCACACACACACAGUAGACAGCCCAUGCACCUGGUCUUCAGUGUGCAACUCACUGAAGACAUGAGUGGGUUUAUCAGCAUCAGACUUAACAAUGUCAGCCAGGGCUAAAGGCUAGAGACAUACCGCUGUGAAUAACUGGAUAAAGGGAUUGAGGCAUGGAUGGCACUACUCGGAACCUACUACUACCUCCACACUUAUUUACAACAGUUGGAAAACAACUUGUAAUAUGUGAUAGUAUUGGGCAUGGCCUUAUACUUGAUAGUUUAGAUAAAUGGUGACUUAAUUGUCUGUUAUAGUCCUUACAUGUGUAUGUAUGAAGACUUGAUUUGCUGAAUCCUGAAUCUCACUGCACGUGAUAAACUCUGAGGGUAGAAACAGUCAGUGGUGCCUUAAGCCGGGAGACAAAACAUGACAUUGAUGAACCCAGGCUCUCUUUCAGGGCACUAAAGUGGGUCAUUAAAAUCAAUGGUUGGGUGAGCUUGAAGGUCACAUUGGUUUAAUAAUGAUUUAAUCAAGAAGGAAUGCAGGGAGACAAAAACCUAUUCGGUGACCAUGACAACAAUUGAUGGCCUGUGCCACCUUAUUGCCCAUUUCCCAAUCAUUCAAUUUCACUAUACAUUUCUAAUCAAAUGUAAAGGAAAGGGGGAUACCUAGUCAGUUGUACAACUGAAUACAUUCAACUGAAAUGUGUCUUCUGCAUUUAACCCAACCCCUCUGAAUCAGAGAGGUGCGGAGGGCUAAGGGAGGACAGACCAGUGUGUGAUGUAAAUUACAAUCUUGAUUAUCCACCAAAAUGCAUAAUCAGCAUCAACAAUCACUAUCAUCACUAUAGUUAGCCUUCUCUAAGACCUAUUGAUAAAUGGUUUGUCGCGUUGUAGUCCUGUGUGUUUUGAUCCUGUCGUAAGGGGCAGUUUGCUCAUUAUUAAGGCCUGUUCUUCAACGUUAAGUCCCCUAUCUGUCUCCAGGGGGAAGUUUGCCAUAGUGAAGAGGUGUGUGGAGAAGAGCACAGGGACGGAGUACGCAGCCAAGUUCCUGAGGAAGAGGAGGAAGGGUCAAGACUGCAGAGUGAAGGUGCUCCAUGAGAUCGCUGUUCUGGAGCUCACCAACCCUAGCCACAGGAUUAUCAACCUGCACCAAGUUUACGAGACCCCAACAGAGAUGGUCCUGGUGCUCGAGUAGUGAGUAUUACUGCAAACACCUGUAGUUUUCGACUGUGUGUGUGUAUACACACCUACAUGAACACGUGUUCUCUAUUUACGAGUGUGUAUAAAGACACCUGCAUGAGGUCUUCAAGCUAGCUAGCCAUGUCAGUUUGACGUCAAGCCCAAGGUCCCUCCUCUAGCUUUGCUCUGCUGAGAACAGUACGGGGGGAGAAAAACAAAACAAAUGUAUGCACUCACUACUGUAAGUCUCUCUGAAUAAGAACGUCUGCUAAAUGACUUAAAUGUAAGAGCUGAGGAGAGUCAGCAGCUUGCAGAAAGUCGUCACUCACAUUCCUAACGGUGAAUAUCCCAAGCCCCACUGCAGGGAAUGGGGGAUGUACUGUGCAGUGAGUUGGAAAGACCACCUGUCUCCCUCUGCCUGAGUAGGAGGGUAAUCCAGCUAACCCUAAACCCUACUGUAGCGUCUGCUGACUAGAGCAGAGCAGGCUAGAGGGAUGGCAGAAACCUGCGGCUUCUUACUACCAUUAGGACCAGCUGCUCAUCUACUAACUAUAUGCACUAGAGUGACUAGUUGCAUUAUUAGUCCUAUGAUUUCAACGUUGUAUAAACUUCAAGGCAUUCCAGACAUUGAAUAGUUUGAUGGUCACCAUCUUAACAUUGGUUAACUUUGCCUUGAACUUUCCUAUUCAUUUGAAACCGCAUGUGCAAUGAUGCAAUAUGUUUGUUCACUGCCCAUGUAGGCUCUCAAAUGGCUGUAGCCUAAUUCCUGACCAGUCCAGUCAAUGACUGCACAAGUCUAAGAGAGGAUAUUUGAAAUGCUUAUUGAAAAUGGAAUACCAUCAGAGAUGCGGAAUUGUGGCUAAAUAGGGUGAAUAACUGUGUUAAUAAUUGUGUUGGGGCUGCUUUAUGUGUUUUCUGUGCUUUAGAGAUGAUUGCUGUGUAGGUCAACGGCAGUACUCAUUCUGAGAUAUUUAUAGUUCUGACCAUAUUACCUUUUGUUUGUCUUACAUUGUAUUCAUGUUUUAAUCUCUGUUUUGAAAGUGCCCACUGAGUGAUAUAUUGGCUAGCUUGGCAAGUAGCUCUAAUCCAGGCAAAUUGGAAUGUGAGGGAACGUGACUUUGAAGCAUCACUCUCUGCACUACUGAGUGGUCCGUCAGUACACGGGAUGAGAAGAACCAAACAGAAAUGCUCUGAAAAAAGGUCAUCAUUGUGAAUUGAAAUGAUCUCAUACUAAUUGGCUUGGUCAGCGACAUCUACAAUACAAUAGAUAAUGGGGCAUUUUCUCACUUCGGUAACAAAUAGCGCGGAACUACUACACAACAGGUGUAGACUUUUACAGUGAAAUGCUUACUUACAAAUCCUUUCCCAACAAUGCAGCAUUAAAAGUAAGAGAAUGUGCAAAUAAGAUUUGAAAAUAAUAACACAAUUGAUAUCAAUAACAAGGCUAUAUACAAUAAGUACUGUACCGAGUCAAUGUGCAGGGGUACGAGGAAGUUGAUGUAAUAUGUACAUGUAGGUAGGGGUAAAAGUGACUAGGCAAUCAGGAUAGAUAAUAAACAGAGAAGUAGCAGUGUAUGUGAAGAGUGUAAAAGUGUGUGUUUUUGUUUAACUAUUCUUGUGGGUACCAGAAGUCCUCGCAAGGAAAAUUCGGACAAGUGGGGACAUUUCGCCGGUCCCAUGAGGAAAGAUUAUAUUUUAGGCUCAGGGGUUAGGUUCUUUAAAAAAAAAUGUGACCAAUAAAUUUGAUUUGAUUUAGGGUUAGAAUUAAGUUUAGGGUUGGGGUUUAGGAGUUAGGGUUAGGUAUAGUUUUAGGGUUAGGGAGAAUAGGAUUUUGAAAGGGAAUACAUUUGUUGGUCCCUACAAGGAUAGUAAAACAAAACUGUGUGUGUGGCGUCAAUAUGCGUGUGUGUGUGUGUGUGUGUUGGAGUGUCAGUGGAUUGCGAAAGUAUUCACCCCCCUUGGCAUUUUUCCUAUUUUGUUGCCUUACAACCUGGAAUUAAAAUGGAUUUUUGGGGGGGUUGUAUCAUUUGAUUUACACAACAUGCCUACCACUUUGAAGAUGCAAAAUAUUUUUUUCUUGUGAAACAAACAAGAAAUAAGACCAAAAAAAAGAACUUGAACGUGCAUAAUUAUUCACCCCCCAGUUCAGAUUUAAGUAUAACUUUUGUAAGACUGAAUCUUUUAGUGAUGGGUCUAAUGCUUUAACAAUUUCUGUCCUCAGAAUUCAUAUUCAUUAUAUAAAUAGGCCCAUUUAAUUUUGUCUGGCUUGCCAUUCUCUCAUAAUUUUAAAAACUGUUCGCUAGGCAUAGGCAAGACCAUAAGAAAAUAGGUAAACUGGGAUAAUACUAAAGAGUUAAUCAGGGUGAUUCUUCCACAAAUAGACAGGUACUGUGCCUUGCAAAAGUAUUCGUCCCCCUUGGCGUUUUUCCUAUUUUGUUGCAUUACAACCUGUAAUUUAAAUUUAUUUUUAUUUGGAUUUCAUGUAAUGGACAUACACAAAAUAGUCCAAAUUGGUGAAGUGAAAUGAAAAAAAUAACUUGUUUCAAAAAAGUCUACAAAAUAAAUAACCGGAAAGUGGUGCGUGCAUAUGUAUUCACCCCCUUUGCUAUGAAUCCCCUAAAUAAGAUCUGGUGCAACAAAUUACCUUCAGAAGUCACAUAAUGAGUUAAAUAAAGUCCACCUGUGUGCAAUCUAAGUGUCAUAUGAUCUGUCACAUGAUCUCAGUACCUGUUCUGAAAGGCCCCAGAGGCUGCAACACCACUAAGCAAGGGGCACCACCAAGCAAGUGGCACCAUGAAGACCAAGGAGCUCUCCAAACAGGUCAGGGACACAGUUGUGGAGAAGGACAGAUCAAGGUUGGGUUAUAAAAAAAUAUCAAAAACUUUGAACAUCCCACUGAGCACCAUUUUAAAAUCCAUUAUUAAAAAAUGGAAAGAAUAUGGCACCACAACAAACCUGCCAAGAGAGGGCCGCCCACCAAAACUCACGGACCAGGCAAGGAGGGCAUUAAUCAGAGAGGCAACAAAGAGACCAAAGAUAACCCAGAAGGAGCUGCAAAGCUCCAAAGCGGAGAUUGGAGUAUCUGUCAUUAGGACCACUUUAAGCCGUACACUCCACAGAGCUGGGCUUUACGGAAGAGUGGCCAGAAUGAAAGCCAUUGCUUAAAGAAAAAAAUAAGCAAACACAUUUGGUGUUCGCCAAAAGGCACGUGGGAGACUCCCCAAACAUAUGGAAGAAGGUACACUGGUCAGAUGAGACUAAAAUUGGAAAACGCUAUGUCUGGCGCAAACCCAACACCUCUCCUCACCCCGAGAACAUCAUCCCCACAGUGAAGCAUGGUGGUAGCAGCAUCAUGCUGUAGGGAUGUUUUUCAUCGGCAGGGACUGGGAAACUGGUCAGAAUUGAAGGAAUGAUGGAUGGCGCUAAAUACAGGGAAAUCCUUGAGGGAAAUCUGUUUUCAGUCUUCCAGAGAUUUGAGACUGGGACGGAGGUUCACCUUCCAGCAGAACAAAGACCCUAAGCAUACUGAUAAAGCAACACUCUGGUGGUUUAAGGGGAAACAUUUAAAUGUCUUGCAAUGGCCUAGUCAAAGGCCAGACCUCAAUCCAAUUGAGAAUAUGUGGUAUGACUUAAAGAUUGCUGUACACCAGCAGAACCCAUCCAACUUGAAGGAGCUGGAGCAGUUUUGCCUUGAAGAAUGGACAAAAAUCCCAGUGGCUAGAUGUGCCAAACUUAUGGAGACAAACCUCAAGAGACUUGCAGCUGUAAUUUCUGCAAAAGGUGGCCCUGACCUGUUUGGCGAGCUCUUUGGUCUUCAUAGUGCCGCUUGCUUGGUGGUGCCCCUUGCUUAGUGGUGUUGCAGACUCUGGGGCCUUUCAGAACAGGUGUAUAUAUGCUGAGAUCAUGUGACAGAUCAUGUGACAGAUCAUGUGACACUUAGUUUGCACACUAAUUCUGUGACUUCCGAAGGUUAUUGGUUGCACCAGAUCUUAUUUAGGGGCUUCAUAGCAUAGGGGGUGAAUACAUAUGCACGCACCACUUUUCUGUUAUUUCGUUUUUAGAAUUUUUUUCAUUUCACUUCACCAAUUUGGACUAUUUUGUGUAUGUCCGUUACAUGAAAUCCAAAUAAAAGUCCAUUUAAAUUACAGGUUGUAAUGCAACAAAAUAGGAAAAAAACGGCAAGGGGGGUGAAUACUUUUGCUAGGCACUGUAAGUAUCUGUGAAUGUGUGGGUCGAGUCCAGUGAGUGUGCAUAGAGUCAAUGCAAAUAGUGCGGGUAGCCAUUUGAUUAACUGUUCAGCAGUCUUAUGGCUUGGGGGGGUAGAAGCUGUUCAGGACCCUUUUGGUCCCAGACUUGGCGCUCCAGUACCGCUUGCCAUCUGCUAGCAGAGUGAACAGUCUAUUGCUUUGGUGGCAGGGGUCUUUGACAAUUUUCCGGGCCAUUCUCUGACACCGCUUGGUAUAGAGGUCCUGGAUUGCAGGGAGCUCGGCCCCAGCGAUGCACUGGGCCGUCCGCACCACCCUCUCUAGCGCCUUGCCGUCGGAUGCCAAGCAGUUGCCAUACCAAGCGGUGAUGCAACCAGUCAAGAUGCUGUCAAUGGUGCAGCUGUUGAACUUUUUGAGGAUCUGAGGGCCCAUGCCAAAUCUUUUCAGCCUCCUGAGGGGAAGAGGCGUUGUCGUGCCUUCUUCACAACUGUGUUGGUGUGUGUGGACCAUGUUAAUUAUUUAGUGAAGUGGACACAGAGAAACUUGACCCACUCCAUUACAGCCCCUCCAUAUCCUGUUGUCCACGAUCAGCACCUUUGUCUUACUGACGUUGAGGGAGAGGUUGUUGUCCUGGCACCACAGUGCCAGGUCACUGACCUCCUCCCUAUAGGCUGUCUCCUCAUCGUCGGUGAUCAGGCCUACCACCGUCUUGUCGUCAGCAAACUUAAUGAUUGUGUUGGAGUCGAGCGCAGCCACACAGUCAUGGGUGAACAGGGAGUACAGGAUGGGACUGAGCACGGGCCCCUGUGUUGAGGGUCAGCGUGGCAGAUGUGAUGUUACCUACCUUCACCACCUGGGGGCGGCCCGUCAGGAAGUCCAGGAUCCAGUUGCAGAGGGAGGUGUUCAGUCCCAGGGUCCUGAGCAUAGUGAUGAGCUUGGAGGGCACUAUGGUGUUGAACGCUGAGCUGUAGUCAAUGAACAGCAUUCUCACAUAGGUGUUCCUCUUAUCCAGGUGGGAGAGGGCAGUGUGGAGUGCAAUAGAGAUUGCGUCAUCUGUGGAUCUGUUGGGGCGGUAUGUGAAUUGGAGUGGGUCUAGGCUGCCUUUCAAAUAAUUUAAUGGCUACAGAUGUGAGUGCUACGGGGCGAAAAUCAUUUAGACAGGAUACCUUGGCGUCCUUGGGCACAGGGACUAUGGUGGUCUGCUUGAAACAUGUAGGUAUUACAGACUGGGUCAGGGAGAGGUUGAAAAUGUCAGUGAAGACACUUGCCAGCUGGUCAGCGCAUGCUCUGAGUACGUGUCCUGGUAAUCCGUCUGGCCAGCGGCUUUGUGACUGUUAACCUGUUUAAAGGUCUUACUCACAUUGGUUACGGAGAGCGAGAUCACAGUCGUCCGGAACAGCUGGUGCUAUCAUGCAUGGUUCAUAGUUGCAUGCCUCGAAGCGAGCAUAGAAGGUAUUUAGCUUGUCUGGUAGACUUGCGUCACUGGGCAGCUCGCGGCUGGGUUUCCCUUUGUAAUCCGUGAUAGUUUGCAGCCCUGCCACAUCCGACGAACGUCAGAGCCGGCGUAGUAGGUUUUAAUCUUAGUCCUGUAUUGACGCUUUGCCUGUUUGAUGGCUCGUCAGAGAUCGUAGCAGGAUUUCUUAUAAGCGUCCAGGCGUUUUAUGGUAGAGUGGCCAGACGGAAGCCACUCCUCAGUAAAAGGCACAUGACAGUCCGCUUGGAGUUUGCCAAAAGGCAUUCAGGCUUGGCCAAGCGUCAUGUCUGGAGAAAUCCUGGCACCAUCCCUACGGUGAAGCAUGGUGGUGGCAGCAUCAUGCUGUGGGGAUGUUUUUCAGCGGCAGGGACUGGGAGACUAGUCAGGAUUGAGAGAAAGAUGAACGGAGCAAAGUACAGAAAGAUCCUUGAUGAAAACCUUCUCCAGAGUGCUCAGGACCUCAGACUGGGGCGAAGGUUCACCUUCCAACAGGACAACGACCCUAAGCACACAGCCAAGACAACUCAGGAGUGGCUUGAGGACAAGUCUUUGAAUAUCCUUGAGUGGCCCAGCCAGAGGGGGGUUUAAGCACUUGCAAAAAUGUCUAAAAACCAGUUUUUGCUUAGUUAUUAUGGGGUAUUGUGUGUAGAUUCAUGAAAAACAAUUUAAUCAAUUUUAGAAUAAGGCUGUAACGUAACAAAAUGUGGAAAAAGUAAACGGGUCUGAAUACUUUCCGAAUGCACUGUAUAUGUACGGUCACUGUGGGGAUGACGUAGACGAUGCAGGUAUUAAUGAAGCCGGUGACUGAUGUGGUCCUCAAUGUUAUCGGGUGAAUCCCAGAACAUAUUCCAGUCUGUGCUAGCGAAAAAAGUCCUGUAGCUUAGCAUCUGCUUUAUUGGACCACUUCCGUAUUGAAUGCGUCACUGGUACUUCCUGUUUGAGUUUUUGCUUGUAAGCAGGAAUCAGGAGGAUAGAGUUAUGGUCAGAUUUGCUGAAGGGAGGGCAGGCGAGAGCUUAGUAUGCAUUUCUGUGGGUGGAGUAAAUGUGGUCUAGAGUUUUGUCGCCUCUGGUUGCACAGGUGACAUGCUGGUAAAAAUGGGGUAAAAUUGAUUUCAGUUUCCCUGCAGUAAAAUAACUGGCAACUACGAGCACCGCCUCUGGAUGUGCAUUUUCUUGUUUGCUUAUGGACCUAUACAGCUCGUUGAGUGCUGUCUUAAUGCCAGCAUCGGUUUUGUGGGGGUAAAUAGACAGCUAUGAAGAAUAUAGAUGAAAACUCUCUUGGUAAAUAAUGUGGUCUGCAGCUUACCAUGAGGUAUUCUAACUCAGGCGAGCAAAACCUUGAGACUUCCUUUAAAUUAGAGAUUGCGCACCAGUUGUUGUUAACAAAGACACACACCACUCCUCCCUAAACUUCCCAGACGCUGCUGUACGGUCUUGACGAUGCAUAGAAAAGCUAGAUGUAUAUUAUCUGUGUCCUUGUUCAGCCACGACACGGAGAAACAAAGGAUAUUACAGUUCUUCAGGACCCGUUUAUAGGAUAGUCUCUAACGGAGGUCGUCCAGUUUGGUCUCCAGUGACUGUACGUUCGCCAAAAGAACUGAGGGUAGGGGUGUUUUUUUUGCACGCUAACGUAGUUUCAUCAGUAUGCCCGCCCGUCUGCCUCUUUUGUGGCGUUCGCUUACUUUUCCGAGUCCCGGGGAUAGAGCCUUGUCCGGAGUAAGCAGAACAUCCAUAGCAGCUGACUCAUUGAAGUAGAAGUUGUCGUCCAAAUUGAGGUUAGUGAUCGCUGUUCUGAUGUCCAGAAGCUGUUUUCGGUCAUAUGAAAUGAUGGCGGAGACAUUAUGUAAAAAAAAAGUAAAGAUCAGUGUAAAAAAACACACAAAGUAGCAGAAUUGGUCGGGAGCCCGUAAAACGGCCGCUAUCAACUGCAGUGCUAUCUAAAGGUCCAUUGCAGCUGUUUUUAUCUCAGCAAUUCAGUACCUUACUGUUAUUGGCAGAGAUGUUUGGAACUCUCUUUCUUAUUGGUCUAUUAACUAAUUUACCACCUGCUCAUAUGCCACCCUUAAUUUUCAUUCAGCUGAGGCUCUUGUUUUUCUGUUCUUUUAACUAGUAAACAAAUUAGAAAUUCUACCGCUUCGAACAGGGAUACCAGACUGGAAUUCAGGUCACUGGCUUACCUCUUUUUGUUUAAUUGGAGUUGGAGACCAAAUACUGGUCAUCCUCUCACAUAAACAGGGACAAAGAUGACAACUGACACUAUUCUGUCUAAAUUCAAGAUUUUUUCCCAUUCAUUUCAGAUACACAACUUGUUUUGAGUAUGUAUUUUACUAAGACCAUAUUGUUGAAUGAACUGUAUUCAUCAGUUUGAAUUAUGGAUCAUUGAAUAUAUGUUGAUUAUGUAGAGAGACUGUAUCCUGUUUUGUCUUUUUCACAACAGAGUGUCCUCAAGCACCCCUCUAACUCAGCUGUGUGUGUCUGUUUGUCCAUAGUGCGGCGGGAGGGGAGAUCUUUAACCAAUGUGUUGCCGAAGGAGACGAGGCGUUCACCCAGGAGGAGGUCAAACGGUUAAUGGGACAGAUCCUGGAAGGCGUGGCCUUCCUACACAGAAACAACAUUGUUCACCUGGACCUCAAGGUACAUCAUCAGGCUGUAUUUGUGAUAUCUGAUUUAAGAUGCAUUCAAACCACAAAAAUGAACACUUCUCCAUAACAAAGUAGCAUAGAAUAAAUAAAUAGAAAUAAAAGAUCCCCGAAAUUUUCCAUACACACAAAAAGCUUAUUUCUCUCAAAUGUUGUGCACAAAUUUGUUUACAUCUCUAUGGGUGAGCAUUUCUCCUUUGCCAACAUAACCCAUACACCUGACAGGUGUGGCAUAUCAACAAGCUGAUUAAAUAGCAUGAUCAUUACACAGGUGGACCUUGUGCUGGGAACAGUAAAAGGUCAUUCUAAAAUGUGCAGUUUUGUCACACAACACAAUGCCACGGAUGUCGCAAGUUUUGAGGGAGCGUGCAAUUGGUAUGCUGACUGCAAGAAUGUUCACCAGAGCUGUUGCCAGAAAAUGUCAUGUUCAUUUCUCUAUCAUAAGCCCCCUCCAAUGUCGUUUUAGAGAGUUUGGCAGUACAUCAGGCAUAAGCUACGGACAAUGAACACAAUUGCAUUUCAUCUAUGGCAAAUUUGAAUGCACACAAAUACAGUGACGAGAUUCUGAGGCCCUUUUUUUUAUUUAUUUUUUAUAUCUGUGACCAACAGAUGCAUCACUGUAUUCCUAGUCAUGUGCAAUCCAUAGAUUAGGGCCUAAUGCAUUUAUUUAUUGACUGAUUUCCUCAUAUGAACUGUAACUCAGUAAAAUCUUUGAAAUUGUUGCAUAUUGCGUUUAGAUUUUUGUUCAGUAUAGAAUAAACAGAGUUAACAUUGAUGAUUCAAUAUUCCUCAUUCACUGUCCCAUUGAAUGGUAUUGUCCUCUUAGCUUCAGAACAUCCUACUGACCAGUGGCUGUCCUUUGGGGGAUAUAAAGAUAGUGGACUUUGGCCUGUCUAGAAGGCUGUGUCAAAACCAGGAGCUCAGGGAGAUCAUAGGCACACCAGAGUAUGUCGGUGAGUGAAAAAGUAUUCAUUAAAUCUUUUUUUAAAUGUAUUGGAACAUACAAAUAAAUUCUUACACAAGGCUUUUUUUUUUUACAACUUGAUGAUCACACAGAUCUCUUACUAUUCACUGUUUCUCUUUUGUUGGCAGCCCCAGAGAUUCUGAGUUUUGAACCAAUCAGCACAGCAACUGACAUGUGGUAAGACAAGUAUACAAUCUCAACCUAUUAGUUUGUGGCUUAGCCAUGACGACAGAGGUUACGUUUUUUCAAUGGCAAUAGAUCAUUGACUAUGCUAUGUCUUGCUAACCCAGGAGCAUAGGGGUGCUGGCGUAUAUGAUGUUGACGAGGACGUCACCAUUUCUUGGAGAAGACAAGCAGGAGACCUUUCUCAACAUCUCCCAGAUCAACAUCGACUACACCGAGGAAGAGCUGCAGGACCUCCCAGCCUCAGCCAUCCACUUCAUCCGGUCUCUUCUCAUCAAAGAGCCCAAGUGAGAUUUCAUCCCAAACCAUUAUUGUAAUUAUUCACAAAUUAUUAGUCUUGGUAGUUCUUAGGUAGAUGUUCCAUCUUAAUUGAAGACCUUGAUAAAAACCACAACAGUGAAUUUCAUACUCUUGAUUUGAUUGAAAAUGUAACAUAAAACAAUGUGAUACUGAUACAAUGCAUCCCUCUCUAUCCUGUCUAAAGGUCUCGUGCCACUGCUGAAGAGUGCCUGAGGCAUCACUGGCUCCAGGACCAAGUCCAAGAGAAGAGAGAAGAGGAUCUCACCAGCGAGAUCUGCCAACGGGCACACACCAAGCCUGCUUCCCCCUCCUCCACCUCCUCAUUAUCCUCCUGUUGCUCGUCAUCCUCAGAGGAAGGUCCUUUGGUAGAGGAGUUGAUAGUAGUGGCUGCCUACACCUUAGGACAGUGCAGGCCGACGAUGCCCGACCCCGAGACUCUGUCUCUGGAUGUGAAGGCCAUCUCCAAGCGGUUCAGGUUCGAGGAGCCAUUCAGCUCCCUACAGAAGAUAAUCUUCUGA